GGCUCACUAUUCUGGGUGAUGGAGGCUACUAGAAAUUUGACUCUGGAUGCAGAAAUGUUACUGAAUCUCAUUAUAGACGCUGCCAGUAAAGACUUUGAUUUGCUAUGGACCAAAAAGAAAAACUGUUGAGAUAAUUUCUUCAGGAUCAUCAGUGAGGUCCUCAUAGACAUUAAAUUCAAAGGAUACCAUGAUGACAGGCAUGAAUGGAAAUAGCUCUGAAACAACAGCAGUCAAUCAAGUGGCAAUGGACCCUGCAUUUCAGAUGAUAACAGUUACCAAGGAAAUAGGCUUAGGCCUGAAUAUUGUGGGAGGAAUUAACCGGAAUGAAGGGCCCCUGGUAUAUAUUCAGGAAAUAAUUGCUGGAGGAGACUGCCAUAAGGAUGGGAGGCUAAAGCCAGGGGAUCAACUCGUCUACAUAAAUAAGGAGUCAUUGAUUGGUGUUUCAUUUGAAGAAGCCAAAAGCAUAAUUACAAGAGCAAAAUUAAGAUCAGAAUCUGCUUGGGAAAUAGGGUUCAUAAGACAAAAGCUUAGCUCAAAUCAGCAAGAAACUACACAACGUUCAUCUCUCUUGUCAUCUACAGAAGGAUGUGAGACUCAGGUUUCAACGUCUUUUAAUGUCCUUUCUCAUCAUGAAAACUUUGAUCAAAAGAUGUCAUCCACUCCCAUUACUGUAGAUACCACCUUAAUGUCUUUUAAAAAAAAUCAGAUAAAAACCGGAUUCAAGAAAAGAGAGCCAUCUCCAAUUACUUCUCCAAACAACAGCCCCACGGAUGUAUCUAAUCCAAAUAUCACCCCCAACUGGCCUAAUGAGACUGGACUACAAGGAGAGAAUAUUUUCUUAGAUCCCUUAGUUCGCCUUAAGAUUGAGAAACUAGAGAUGGCCCUAAAUUAUCUUGGUAUUCAGCCCACUGAGGAGGAGCACAAAGCCCUGAGGCAACAAGUGCAAAUAGACUCCAAGGGAACUGUGUCUUUUGGAGAUUUUGUCCAGGUUUCCAGAGAACUAUUUCGUUUACAGCUGAAUGAAGUAGCCAUUGGGCAAAAAUCCAAAAUGCUUAGUGCCCGUGAGAUUUCCCAUUUAUUAGAAUCACAGCUUCUUCCCCAUGAUUCUUCAGAAAUGGAUGAAAUAGAAAAGCUUAAACAUGAAAGAAAUGAUGCUUUAAGAGAAGUCAGCAAACUCAAGGAUAAGCUGCUAGAAUCAGAAAAUCAAAGAAAACAAUUAACUGAAGAGCUCCAGAAUGUGAAACAAGAAGCUAAAGCCGUCGUGGAAGAAACAAGAGCCCUGAGAAGCAGGCUUCAUCUUGCUGAAGCAGCACAGAGGCAGGCCCAUGGCAUGGAAAUGGACUAUGAGGAAGUGAUUCGCCUCUUAGAAGCUGAAAUAAAGGAGCUAAAGGCUCAGCUGGCUGAUCACUCUGGCCCGAGCAAAGAAAGUUUUCAAGACUUAAGAAAGAGAAUCACAGUGUUGGACUGCCAACUGCGGAAGUCAGAAACAGCUCGGAAAACCUUUGAACUCACAACUGAGAAGUUGUUGAACUUUGUGGAGACAAUCCAAGAAGUUCUUUCUGAUCAGUCUUCUUCCUUGUCAAAUUUAAGUGACCGAAGAUCAAUAUUAGGUUCUCAAACACUAUUCCCACAGCUUGGAAGGAAUGGACGCAAUGUGACAGCAAAUCUGGUCCAGGAAUCCAGGGAGCUUGCUAAAUCUGUUCGUGCCCUUCUGGAUGUGGACCGUCUACCUUAUGGAUGGGAGGAAGCUUACACAGCAGAUGGAAUCAAAUACUUUAUCAAUCAUGUAACACAGACUACAUCAUGGAUUCACCCUGUGACAAGUGCUCUGAACUUGUCCUGUUUGGAGGAGAAUGAAGAAGAUUGCCCCAGAGAUCGUCCCAACCAAAAGAGCUGAUGGUAUCUUUUAGAGAAUAGAGCCACAGGAUAGAGCAGCAUUAUUUUCAGAAUAGCUUCAACUGACAUCCAGUAUGUAAUGGGGACAAACUGUAUGCCAUUUGCAGAAGUUGUGAAGUAGGGGACAAUGAAUUUAUCCUGUUUGUUUAAACCAAACAUCUCAUGUAAGUGUUUCCCAUGCACAUUUCCUGUUCAUUUCAUUUCAACACUUUCCUAUAGGAUAAUUGACUGGUAAUAUGCCAAUUAUUUUUUAAAAAAUAAUCUGUUCAGAUUUUUCUAAAUGGCAAGGAAUUUGCAAAACUUAUUUGAACAGUUUUUCCCCUCCUUUGGAAAUUAGUUGUGAUAACUUUGAAAAUUAUUUGUAUUUAAAUCUUCUACUGAAAAAAGUGUGCAUGUCUUCACAUUUUCAUUGGAACACUAUUUGAUAAUACAUUAAUUCUUUAAAUUUAUUUUUCAUCAUAAUUUUCAGUGCAGGUUGUUUUAUUUGCUCUCCAAAAGUGAGGAAGAAUCUGAAAUGCCCAUCUAAAAAUACUGAGGAGUUCACAAAACAAUGUUGCAUAAAGGAAUGCUAUUUAUAGCAGCUAGUUUCAUAUCUAUUCCAUUAUGGCUUCACAUAGUAGUGGGUAUAUAUGAGUCACCCAUCCUCUCUACAUAAUUCUACUCCUUUCUUAAAGCAUUUUUUUCAUUCAUUCAUUCAUUCAGCAAGUAUCUGUAGGGUACCUCUGUUUUCCCCUUUCUUCCAUUUCUCUACCAGGCAGAGGAAAAUUUCAUGAAAUUUUUUCUAGCAGCUGAAGGCAAGGCUUCAAACUAAAAUGGAAUAUUCAGUCAGGAAAGUCCCUAAUGUGGAAGUGGCCUUUCUUGAAUUUGGGGAUGGGAGGCAAGUAGAAAGACAAUUUGUCAGCCAAACAAUUAUGACCUCAUUACCUACACAAGAUUCAGUAUUAGCCUUUUGGGUUUCCACCAUUCACUUGUGCUUACUGAAAGGCAGCAUGGAAUGGUGGCUACAAAGUGGGCUCUUAGUCUGAAAGACCUCAGCUUAUGUCCCACCUUUGACCCUACUCACUCUGUGACUCUUAACCUCUCAGUGCCCCUCAAGCAACUUUCUAAGACUUGAGGCUACAGAGAAGUUGCCCUUUGCUUUAGGAGAAUAAGUUCCUUACCAGAAGUUUGUUUUACUGAUAAAAUCAUAGUUCUGGAGGGGGUUUAAGUGCCUAAUACUUACAACUAUCCAUUAGACUUUUAUUUUAUAUAACAAUGACUCCUAGAAUAACUCUAAAAGUAAUGGGCUGCUGACUCUUAGCUUCAAACCAUUCCUUCCACAUACACCAGGAUAAAAGAAAACCACAUGCACACUCACACAAGGCCAGAUGAAAAAGGCAAUGAAUACUUAGAUGCUUUAACCUGCUUUGUUUUAAAAUCAGCUUCAUUGUGAUAUGGAAUUCUUAAUCCAUGAGGUUUAAAAGGAAUUUGGGUAUAUAAUGCCAUAAAGCCUAGUUUCUAGAUUGCCUUCCAUCAGCCAGAAAUCUCUUUUAAAUUUGCAGUGCAGUAAGAUGAUAAUUGGUGAUCAUAAUUAAGUCUCUGAAGUGCUGCAAGAUUCCAAGUGUAUUUUCCAACAGGUCAGUCAGUAAGUAUUUAUUAGCACCUACUGCAUUCUAGGUAACUGUGCUAUGCCCUGAGAAUACAAAAAAAAAAAGCAAAAAUAAACAAUCAAAACAAUAGUCCCUGCUUUCAAGGAGUUCAUAGUCUAUCUAAUGAGAAAGUCAACAUGUGAACAACUAUAUACAGAUAUUGCAAUUCAGCAAACAUUUAUUAAAUGCCUAGUUAAGAAAACAAAAUAUAUCCCCUGCUCAUAACGAAGACACAAUCUAAUGAGGGAGAAAACAGGUAAACAAUUAUGUACAAAUAGUUUAAUAAACAUUUAUUAAGUGGCUACUGUGUGCCCAGCACUGUUUAAAGUACUUGGUUUGUAGAUAAGAAAGACAGUUCCUAUUCUCAAGGAGCUUACAGUGGGCAGAUAACAUAUAAGCAACUAUAUACAUGUAAGAUAUAUGCAGGAUAAAUUAGAAAUAAUCUAUAGAGGGAAGGAAUGGUUAAGUCAUGAGAGACACCAGUAAGCAGUAAACAAAGAAACAUUCAAUAUGUUUUAAAUAUUAGGGACAUUUUAGUUUCUGCCUAAUUCUUUGAAAAUUGUGAUACUACUCUUAUGUAUAGACAGUAUUUACCAGGACAGUUGGAGUAGAUUUUCUUAACAAAGAUACUGAAGUAGUUUUCCAUUUCCUUCUCCAGCUCAUUUUACAGAUGAGGAAACUGAGGCAAAGAUGGUUACAUAUCUUGUCCAGGGUCACACAGCUAGUAAGUGUUGAAGCUGGAUUUGAAACAAUAUAUAUGUACAUUAUACAUAUAGUUAUGGAUGUAAAGAUAAACAUGGAUAUGCAUUAUUCAUCCAUUAACCUGUUGGUAGUAAUCAGAUGCUAUAAAUUGCUGGGACCAUACUUAAGGCCUUUCUAAUUUGGUAGAAAUUAUGGGAACUUGCACUUAGUCAGCAUGGCUUUUAAGAAACCAAUAGUAGGGGAGCGAGGAGCCAAGAUGGCAAAGAGAAGCCAGGAACUUGCCAGAACUCACUCUCUUGAAAACAACAUUAAAUCAAUCCUCUAAAAGUAUUCUAUAGUGAUAGAAUGCACAAAAAGAUGGAGUAAAACAAAUUUCCAGCCCAAGAUAACUUAAAAGGACUUCAGGAAAGGUCUGUCUCACUUGGUAAAAAGGGAGCAGAGCCCAGUGCAGAUAGUGUCUGGGCAAGCCAGUGGGAAGCUCUUAGCCACAGCACAGAUUAGCAACCAAGGUCCCAUGGUCCUGGCUCAGCAAGCCAGCUGUGAGGUCUCCAGCCCCAGAGCAUCAGGCAAACUACGAGACCCAGAGCAAUCCAGAUCACAAUAGACAUAACUGGACAGUGAGCCAGCAACCAGCCCCAGAGGCUCUAAUGUAGACUGCCAGUAGCCAGACCUCUGACUCCCAGUGCAAAUAAGCUUAGGUUCCUGUCUACCCCAGGAACAGAAUAUAUCUUUUAAAAAAUGAGCAAAAAAAUAAAAAAGAGCCCUGAACAUAAAAAGUCACUAUGGUUAUAAGUAAAAUCAAAACACAAACUCAGGAAGAGAACAGUACCAAAAUGCCUACAUGCAAAACCUCAACUAAAGAAAAUAUGUGUUAAAAAUUAAAAUUGAGCAAGUGGAAGCUAAUGACUCUGAGACAUCAAAAAUCAAUCAAAUAAAAUCAAACAGUAAAAAAUAGAAAAAUGUGUAAAAUCCUUCAUUGAAAAAACAACUGACCUGGAAAAUGGAUCCAGAAGAAAUAAUUCAAGAACUAUUGGAGGACUUGAAAACCAUGAUCAAAAAAAGAACCUGGACAAUAAAAUUUCAAGUAAAACUGCCCUAAUAUUUUAGAACCAGAAGGUAAAAUAGUCACUGAAAAAAUUCAUUGAUCAUCCCCUGAAAAAGAUCCCAAAAUUAAAACUCCAAGGAAUAUUAUAGCUCAAUUCCAGAACCAUUAGGUCUAGAAGAAAAUAUUGCAAGCAGCCAGAAAGAAACAAUUCAGCUUCUACAUUAAAAAAUUGAAGGGCAUGGAAUUUAUAUUCUAGAAGGCAAAGGAGAUUAGGUUACAACCAAGAAUCAAGUACCUUUUCAAAAUUGUGUAUAAUCUUUUAGGAGAAAAAAUGGAUAUUCAACAAAAUUUCAAACUUUCUUCAUGAAAAGACCAGAGAUGAACGGAAAUUUUGAACUUCAAAUACAAGAUUCAAGAGAAAAAGGAAAACAGAAAAGUAAAAAAUUACAGUAAUAUUCAAUAAGACUACAUUGUUUAUAUCCCUACAUGGAAUAAUACUUGUAACUCUUAAGAACAUUACAUUGUUUAUAUUCCUACAUGGAAUAAUGCUUGUAACUCUUAAGAACUGCUCUAUUAGAGCAGAUAGAAGGAGUAUACUUAGAUAGAGGAUGUCAACAUAAGUUGAUCAGGAGGUGAUGUUAAAAAAAAUAAUAAAGGGUUAAAAUAAGAAUUGUACUGGAAGAAGAAGAAAGGGAGAGAGAGAAUGGGGGGAUUUAUACCAUAGGAAAGACCUAUUAGAGUAGAGGAAAAGGGGGUGGAGGGUUAGCACUGUUUGAUCCUUAUUCCCAUCAAAUUGGGCUUUAAAAGGGGAAUAACUUACAUAUUUGUUUGGGUAAAGAAACCUGUCUUCCCCGGUAAGAAAGUAGGAAGAGAAGAGGGAAAGAAAAAGGAAAAGCUGAUAGAAGGGAGAACAGAUUGAGGGACAUAGCAGUCAGAUGCAAAAAAACUGGCAAGAUGGGAGAGGGUACAAGGAGAGAGACAACUAUAAACAAGGAAAAUGGGAUGGAGAGACGGUAUUCAUAAAUGGGAAUGGGAAUGGGAAUGGAUUGCAAAGUAGAUUAAAAAUAAUCCUACAGUAUGUUGUUUACAAGACACACAUUUGAAGCAAAGAGAUACAUACAAAGUAAAGGUAAAAGGCUAGAUCAGAAUAUACUAUGCUUCAGCUGAAGUUUUUUUUUAAAAAAAGGCAAUUUUGAUCUCACAAAAAAAGCAAAAAUACAUCUAAUUAUAGAGACAAGGAAGGAAACUACAUCUUGUUAAAAAGAUGCCAGAGACAAUGAAAUAGUAUCAAUACUAAACAUAUGCACCAAGUGGUAUAGCAUCCAAAUCUUAGAGAAGAAAUUAAGUCAUUAUAGGAAGAAGUGGACAACAAAACCAUACUAGCAGGGACCUCAGCCUUUCCUCUCCGAACUAGAGAAUGCAACCACAAAACUGGAGAACAGAACCACAAAAUAAAGAAGUUAAGAAGGUGAACAGAAUUUUAGUAAAGUUAGAUAUGAUAGACCUCUGGGAGAAAAUUGGAUAAAGAUAGAAAGGAAUAUAUCUUUUUCUCAGUGGUACAUGACACCUUUACAAAAAUUGACUAUGUAUUAGAGCAUAAGAACAUCACAAAAAGGCAGAAAUAUUAAAUUCAUCCUUUUCAGAUCACAAUGCAGUAAAAAUUACAUGUAAUAAAGAACCAUGAGAAAAUAGAUCAAAAACUAAUUGGAAAUUAAAUAAUCUAAAGAAUAAAUGGUUCAAACAACAAAUCAUUAAAAAUAUAUAAUUUCAUCAUAGAAAAUGACAAUGAGACAACAUACUAAAAUUUGUGGGAUGUUGUCAAAGCAGUACUUAUGGGAAAGUAUAUAUUCUAAAUUCUUACAUGAAUAAAAUACAGAAAGACCAAAUCAAUGAAUUAGGCAUGCAAUUUAAAAAGCUAGGAGAAAAAAAAAAUCCCCAAUUGAACACCAAAUUAGCAAUUCUGAAAAAUCAAAGGAAAAAUUAAUAAAAUUCAAAAUAAAAAAACUAUUGAAUCAAUAAAUAAAAUUUAUUAUUAUAUGGAGGAGGAAGACAAUAAAACAGACAAGUCUUUGGUUAACUCAAUUUUUUUAAAAAAGAAAACCAAAUUACUAGUAGAUUUACCAAAUUAAGAGAAAAUUAAACCAAUAAUUAAAAGCCAUUUUUCUAAUCUGACAAUCUAAGUGAAUUGGAUUUAUAUUUACAAAAAUGUAAAUUGCUCAGAUUACCAGAAGAGGAAAAAUAAUGCUUAAAUAACCCCAUUUAAGAAAAAGAAGUUGAAUAAGCUAUCAAUGGACUCCCUAAGAAAAAAUCUCCAGGGCCAGAUGGAUUUACAAGUAAAUUCUAUCAAACCUUUACAGAACAAUUCCAAUGCCAUAUAAACAGUUUGGGAAAAUGGGUGGAGUCCUACCAGAUUCCUUUUAUGACACAAAUAUGGUGCUGAGAGCUAAACUAGCAAGAACCAAAACAGAAAUGGAGACCAAUUUCUCUAAUGAAUAUUGAUGCAAAGGUUUUAAAUGAAAUAUAGCAAAGAGUACAGCAAUUCAUCAUCAUCAGGAUACUAUGACCAGGUGAGAUUUAUAUCAUGAAAACAAGGCUGGUUCAAUAUUAGGAAAGCAAUUAGCAUAAUUGGCCAUAUCAAUAACAAAACCAACAGAAAUCAUGAUUAUUUCAAUAUAUGCAGAAAAAGCUUUUGACAAAAAUAUAUGGUGUCAUUUUUAUUAAAAAGACUGGAGAGUAUAAAAAUAAUGCUUUCUUUACAAUAAGUAGUAUCAGGGGCAGCUUGGCCCUGAAGUGAGGAGGACCUGAAUUCAAAUCUGGCUUCAGACACUGAACACUUUCUAGGUGUGUGACCCUGGGCAAGUCACUCAACCCCAAUUGCCUCGGCAAAUAAAUAAAUAAGUAGUAUCUAUCUAAAGCCAUCAGCAAGCAUUUUCUGUAAUGGGGAUGAACUAGAAACCUUUCCAAUUGAAGCAAGAAUAUUCAUUUCACUAUUAUUCAUUAUUGUACUAGAAAUGUUAAUUUUAGCAAUAAGAGAAAAGAAAUUGAAGGAAUUAGAAUAGAUGAUGAAGAAACAAAACUAUUACUCUUUUCAUAAGAUAUGAUGGUGUACUUAGGGAACCCUAGAAAAUCAACUAAAAAAAACCUACUUGAAGUAAUUAAUAACUUUAGUAAAGUUGCAGGAUAUAAAAUAAACCUACAUAAAUCAUUGAACUUUGUAUAUAUAUUAUCAACAAAGCUAGAUAGAACAAGAAAUUCCAUUUAAAAUAAUUAUUGACAAUAUAAAAUAUUUCGGCAUCUACUUGCCAAGAUAAACUCAGGAACUACACAAAUAUAACUAUAAAAUACUUUUAAUACAAAGUCAGAUCUAAACAAUUGGGAAAAUAUCAAUUGCUCAUGGAUAAUCUGGGCUAAUAUUAACAAAAAUGACAGAGCUAUCUAAAUUAAUGUACUUAUUCAAUGCCAUACCCAUCAAACUACCAACAUAUUAUUUUAGAAAACUAGAAAAAAUGUUAAAAUCAUCUAGAAAAACAAAAGGUCAAGAAUAUCAAGGGAAGUAAUGAACAAAAGUUCCAAGGAAGGUGGCCUGCUGGUCUCAGAUCAAAAAUUAUAUUAUAAGGGAGCAAUCAUCAAAACUAUUUGGCACUGGUUAAGAAAUAGAAUAGGGUAUCAGUAGAAUAGAUUUGGUACAUAAGACAUAGUAGUAAAUGAUUAAUAAUCUAGUGUUUGAAAAACCAAAAGAUGCUAACGUCUACUAGAAGAAACUCUUUAACAAAAACUUUUAGGGAAAUUAGAAAAUAAUAUGGUAGAAACUAGAUAUAGAUGAAUAUAUCACACCAUAUACUAAGAUAAGGUCAAAAUGGACACAUGGUUUAGACAUAGGUUGAUGAUUAUAAGCAAAUUAGGAAAGGAAAAAAUAGUUUACCUGUUAUAUCUAUAAAAAAGGGAAUAAUUUAUGAUAAAAAGUUGGGAGUUGGGAGGUAUUAAGAAAUGCAAAAUGGAUAAUUUUGAUUUUCACACAAACAAAACUAAUAUUAGAAGGGAAAUAGAAAUCUGGGAAUCAAUCUUUAUAGCAAGUGUCCCUGAUAAAGGCCUCAUUUCUCAAAUACACAAAGAACUGAAUUAAAUUUAUAAGAAUACAACUCAUUCCCCUAAUUGAUAAAUGGUCAAAGGAUAUAAAUGAGCAGUUUCCAGAUGAAGAAAUAAAAUAUGUUAUAAAUAAAUGUUAUCUACAGUCAUAUGAAAAAAUACUCUAAAUCAUCAUUGAUUAGAGAAAUGAACAUUAAAACACCUCUGAGGUACUAUGUCACACCUAUUAGAUUAGCUAAUAUGACAAGACAGAAAAUGAUAUAUGUUGGAGAAAAUGUGGUAAAAUUGGGAUACUAAUGCAUUGUUGGUGGAGUUGUAAACUGAUCAGACCAUUCUAGAGAGGAGUUUGGAACUAUUCCCAAAGGGUAAUAGAUAAUCAAACUGAGGAUACUUUUGAUCCAGUAAUAACACUAGUAGGGUUUUAUCCCAAAGAGAUUGUAGAGAAGGGGAAAAGACCUAUAUGUGCAAAAAUAUAGCUGCUCUUUUUGUGAUGGCAAAGAUAUGGCAAUUGAUGGAAUGCCCAUCAGUUUGGGAAUGACUGAAAUUGUGGUCUAUGACUAUAAUGGAAUAUUGUGCCAUAAGAAAUGAUGAGCAGGCAGAUUUCAGAAAAACUUAGAAAGACUUAUGAACUGAUACUAAGUAAAGUGAUCAUUGUAAACCUUAACAGCAAUAUUGUGCAAUGAUCAACUAUGAUUGACUCAGCUCUUCUCAGUGAUCCACUGAUCCAAGACAAUUCUAAAAGAUUCAUGACAAAAUGCUAACCAUAUCCAGAGAUGGAGUCAAAGAGUCUGAAUUCAGAUUGAAGAAUACUUUCACUUGUUUUUUGUAGCUUUUCCCUUUUCUGUUUCUUUUUUCACAGCAUGCCUAAUUUGGAAAUAUGUUUUCAAGACUGCAUAUGUAUCCUAUAUCAGAUUACUUGCCAUUUUGGUGAAGGAGGAUGAGGAGGACAGAGGAAAAAAAUUAGAAUUCAAAAUCACAUUUAAAAAAUGAAUGUUGAGAACUAUCUUUAUGCAUAAGUGGAAAAAAGUAAACUACUAUUUACAAAAGUAAAAAAAAAAAAAAAAAAAAAAAACAAUAUUCACUCCAAACUAUAAUGCAGCAUUAUAUAUAAAGAAAGUAUAAAUCUUUAGAAUGAUAGAGAUGAAAACGGUCUUUAAAACAAAAGCAGCUAAAUGGCAUAGUGGAUAGAGCACUGCUCCUGGAGUCAGGAUAGACCUGAAUUAAAAUCUACUUGGACACUUAAUAGCUGGACGACUGGAUAAGUCAUCUGACUCCUACCUAUCUUCAUUUUCUCAACAGUAAAAUGUAGACAAUAAUAGCACUUCCCUCCCAGAGUUGUUGUGAAGAUCAAAGAUCAAAUGUUUCUUCCCUUCCUUCCUUUAAGAGAUUAUCUGAGUUCUCAAUGUUAAGUGACUUGUCCAAAGUCAUACAAUUAGUUAGCAAUAAAACCAGGAAUAGAAUCUAGGCCUACUGAUUUACAAUCCAGUUUUUUUUCCUACUAUAUCAUAUUGCCUUCCAGGUGUGUAGAAAUCCAAUGUGAGGGUAUAGUUAGAUAUAAUCACAAGUACAAUAAAAAUUGUAACUCUCUUCUCUUGGUUGUCACACAGAAUUCAGAAUGGAAAAAUCGAAGGUUUUUGUAGUUUUGGGGGGUUUUUUAAUUGAAUUUGUUUAACAAGCAUCUUCUGCUGUGCAUUUGACCAGACAGUCACUGCCAUUAGGAAGGCCCAUUUCAAGUAUUCCUUUUUUACCUGGCUGUUAACUUUUGGUGGGGAAAAAGUAACUGGUACUUUCAAAUCCAUGCUGACAAGUAUGAUGAUGCUUUUCCAUUCCCAUAAUUAACCUAAUUUAGGAUGAUCACUCCAAGAAUAUGUUUUGUUUCAUAGUAUUCUCUAUAAAAGUUCAGGAAACUGAAUUUUUAAUAAAGAUAUCGAACAUGUUUUAUUUGAUUUAAUUAAUAGUGACAGGAAUUAAUAAAAAGGAGAUCUGAAUCACUUUAAGUUACAACAGUCCUUCGUGCCUCCAUUUUUUCACUAUGUAAUGAGGUUAAUAAGAAAUCUGUCUCAAUGUAAUUUUUUUCAAUGGAUUUUUAUUAUUUUUUCAGAAUUUAUAUUUCCUUUUUCACUCUUCUUCUUCUCAAAGAACCACCCUUUAUAACAAAUAGCUUUUUUUAAAAAGGAAGAAAAAAUAUUCAGCAAAACCAAUCAAUGCAUUGAAAAAAUUCAGAUUUUACAAUCACUAUUUCACACCUAAGGAUCUGCAUCUCUGAAAAGCAUCAUGAGAAGUAGGACCUUCAAGUACCUUUUUUUUGGGACCAACUUUAUUCUUUAUAAAUUCUCUAUCUUCAGAUUCUAUUAUUUUGUGUUUCUUUACUUUUCUGUUGGUUUAGUCAUUAUUUGCAUUGUUUUCUUCCUACCAACAUUUGUGAUGUAAUGGGCCAGUAUGUAAAACAAUGCAGAAAUGGCAUCAGAGAGUCACUUAGAAAAAUUCUCAGUAGAAUGUCUUUUAUCAUUAAAUUAUAUUCUGUUAGCUCCAGAACAGCCUUGUAUCAUCCUAUCUUUAGAGAGGAAACAAAAUGAAACACACCCUAACAAGGAGUCCUUCCAAUAAUGUUUACAGUUUGUGAAUAACAGCUGUCAAAACGGUAUUGUCAAGUUUUUAGAAAGUUUUAAAUGCUUUUAGUAAAGUUUUUAUAAUCUCCCUUGAGGAAACUAUCUCAUUUCUCACAGAAAGAACAUUUCUUUUUUCUCUACAAAAUGUAAUGCCAGUGUUUUAAAUGUAAACAUGAAAAUCAUUAUGAAAUCCUCUCUGCAGGUAUGGGAUACAGAGAGCCAAGCAAAAAUUUAACAAUAGGAAGAUGAUACUGUCUAAUGUCUUUUGCAAGGUUGAACUGGAUUUAAGAGAAGAAAUUCUAUGGAGCUUAAGUUCAGGCAAUAACCUACACCAUUUCUACCUGAAAAGCUACGUGUAAUGAAUGGCAAGUGAUGAUUUUGUAAAUGUUAAGUUCAUACUUUCACCAUUUGUAGUUUCACAGAUGUAAACUGCCAAUAACUCAUAUUAAAAAUAAAGUUUCAUAUUAUCUAUA